CCCAAGCGGAAGUGAGUUUCUCCAGACGACUAUAGUUGUCUCUACCUCCGGGACCCCCGAUAUGAGGGAGAGGGCUGCUUGUAGUCGGGGCCGGGGAUCCUGACUUGGGCUGUGUGUUGCGCGGCGCAGGCAGUAAGUCAGCCACCCCUGCCCGUGGAGGUUCUUCGUGAGGCGGUGUUGCCACAGCGACGGACUAUAAACAAAAAUACCGGCUGAGGCUACGAGAAGAAGCUACUGUGGGCUGCCGGCGAUCAGCUGAUGCCCUGGGAGAGGGCCUGGCCCCUGAACUAUGGCUCUCCCUCAGUCAAAAAGCGAUAUUACUCUCGCUCCAACAACAGUGAGAGGAAAUCCUGCCCUUCCUGAACUAAGCAAAGUAUCCCCCUCUCACCUAGAAGCUAGGAAAACUGUCCACAAACGGGACAUCUUUAAGCACCGAAAAACUCCGCCACUUCAUUUUUCGGUGGGUGGCCGCUUCUCCUCAUGGCCUGCGUAUGCCAGCGCACAGGCUAUCUUACAGAACCGCAAACCCUGCUCGACCACUGACAAAACAGGGGCCAGAGAUAAACCCAGGAUCACUGUUUCAAAGCCCCAAUACUUGGAACAACUAGAAAACUACCUGAGGAAAGAGUUGCUUCUUCUGGACUUGAGAAAAGAGAAUGCUCAGGAGCUCAAACUCCAGCCUUAUAGGGAAAUCUUUGAAUUCUUUAUAGAAGACUUCAAAACCUACAAGCCCUUGUUGUCUUCCAUUAAAAACGCAUAUGAAGUUACACUAGCACACUUUAGAGAGAAGAUUCGAUCUCUAGAGCCACUGAAAGCCAUGCUAAUCAAUGUGUCUGAAGAGUGCAGUGAAAAAAUUCUGGCUCUCAGGGCAGAGGAGAGAUAUGAAAUCAAAAUGCUGAGGAAAGAGAAAAUUAAUUUAUUAAAGCUCAUUGACAAGAAGAAUGAAGAGAAGGUCUCUCUACAAACACAAGUGACCAAGCUACGGAAAAACUUGGCAGAGCAAUAUCUUCACUUCCUUAAUGAACGCGAUGCCAGAAGGAUCCUUGUUGCAGAUCUUAAUGAGAUUCGAUAUCAGCGGGAAGACAUGUCUCUUGCCCAGUCUCCAGAUGUGUGGAGAGAAGAUCCUGUAAAGUUAACCCUGGCCUUGAAGAUGGCUCGUCAAGACCUCACCAACACUCAGAAGGAACUGAACACAAUGAAGGCAAAUUUUGGUGAUGUUGUCCCCAGAAGGGACUUUGAAAUGCAGGAGAAAAGAAACAAGGCACUAUAUGAAAUGCUGGACGGCUUAAAAACUGACUUUGAAGAGAUACGGCAGGAGUAUGAAACACUGCUCCAGGUUCACAUGGCGACUGUAAAGGAUAGGGAUGAAUACUACAAUGAACUUCAAGAGAUACAACGGACCUCUACUCCCAGGCCUGACUGGUCCAAGUGUAAAGAUGUGAUAGCUGGGGGACAAGAUCGCUGGCGCACUUUGUCUACAGGGAAAAGCAGUAACCAGCUUGUCGAUGUGCUUCUCGAAGAGAUUGGUUCAGGGCUUCUCCGAGAAAUGGAGACCUUCGAAGGCAUGGGCACCAGUGAAGAAAUCCCAGAAUUCCUUCGGCUUGACGGUUUUGCCCGAAACAAAAAACUAAGCAAAAGGGAAGUGGUGGAGAUCAUCAAAGACAUCUGGAAAGAACGGAUGGCUGAAGGACAGAAAGAGAGGAAAUCCUCCAUGAGCCAUUUUUUCCUCAACUACCUGAAAAACCGCUUUGGGGAAGCUUCUGCCAUGGACUGGUCCUACACCAUUUUUGAAAAUAUCAGACUCUUCCAAUCAAGUGAAGUCAUGAAGCAAUUUUUUGAUGUUCUGUCAGGAAAGGUAGAAGAAAGUGCAUACAUUAGCCAGAAAGAACUUGUGGGCCAUCUGCUGAAGGAGUUGAACAACAGUGAUAUCCAUAACGACGGAAACCUCACCGUGGAUCAAUUCAGUGCAGCCCUCAAGAAUGCCUGGCCCCUCAAGACAGAAGAGCAGAUUCAGGAGCUGGUGGACACAGCUACGUUAGAGGACUUCCCUGAAGAUGUCAUUCAAUACCGAGUUUUGUUUGUUGAGGAUGAACUGGGUACCCCAGGACCCUUUAUUCAAAAACUGUGGGAGCAGGCCCAAGCUGAGAAGCAGGCCUAUCUGCAGGACCUGGAGUUAGAACUUGGACCUAACAUGUUUGCUGAGCUAGGCCCAGAUCAGCUGCGCCAGGCCCUGAUUGCCAUUGACCCCUCCCUGGAUGAGCAAACCCUGGACAACUACGUGAGCCAGGCCUUCCAGAUUCCUAUAACAGAAUUGGAGCCAGAUAUAAUAGAGGAACAAAGGGUCCUGCUAGCCCACUUAAGAGCUGGAGCCAUCAAGCGAAUGGGCCCUCGAGAGCAUGAGACAGGUUCCUAAACCCUAUCCCAGCCAACCCAAGUAAAACUCCUACCUUUGCCCAUGGAAGUAGAGGAGAGGGUUGGCAGCCAGCCCAAACCAAGCCCUUCU